CGCGGCCGCCGGGGCGCGCGCCGCUGCCCGCAUGGCGGCCACCAAGGCGCUGCAGCAGUGGUGCCGUCAGCAGUGCGAGGGCUACCGGGGCGUGAGCAUCACCAACAUGACCACGUCGUUCCGCGACGGCCUGGCCUUCUGCGCCAUCCUGCACCGCCACCGGCCCGACCUCCUAGACUUUGACGCUCUCAGGAAGGAAGACAUUUAUGAGAACAACAAACUGGCCUUCCGUGUGGCCGAGGAGAAGCUGGGCAUCCCAGCCCUGCUGGACGCUGAGGACAUGGUGGCCCUGAAGGUGCCAGACCGGCUGAGCAUCCUGACCUACGUGUCCCAGUACUAUAACUACUUCCACGGACGCUCCCCCAUUGGGGGCAUGGCUGGUAUCAAGAGACCCCCGUCAGACUCCAAUGAGGAACCGUCCGGGAAGAAGGCCCCAUCCCAGCUGGCCAGGCCCUCACCCACUCCAGCCCAGGGGCAGCCACUGUCUCCAACCAGCACAGACCCCGCCGUCCAGUGGAAGGACAGAAGCUCAGGGGGCCUCCUGCUGAAGACCGGCCAGGCCUCCGCGAGCAGCUCCGUCAGCAGCACCUGUGGGGUCUGCAGCAAGCACGUGCACCUCGUGCAGCGACACUUGGCUGACGGGAAGCUCUACCACCGGAGCUGCUUCAGGUGGGGCGUGUGUGUGUGUGCACCUGUGUGUGUGUGUGCACGUGUGUGUGUGCGUGCCCUUGUGCACGUUUGCAAGUAUGCAUGUGAGCCCGUGCACCCCUGUGUGCAAGUGCCACUCGCGGGAACACCGCCGGUCAGGCCGGUCAGGCACCAUGAGCUCCUUCCCUGCCUCAGGUUGUCUGCACCUGGGUGUGGGGGCAGCCCGUCCUUCCCUCGGCUGACCUCCUGCCCUCUGUCUAGGGUCCUGGCAGAGCCUCGGGUGGGUGAGGCACCUGGGAAGGUCCGUGGGAGCUCCGAGGGGCCCGUCCACGUCCCCCCGACCCCUCUUCGGUCUGACAGGACAGCGGGCGCGGCUAGCCCCGGGCCCAGCCCCUCAGCCGCCUCCCCGUCCCCGUCCCCAUCCCGCCGCAGGAAGCUGGCCGUCUCUGCCAGCCUGGACGUUUCUGCCAACUGGCUUCGUUCUGAGCCCUCGGGGCAGGAAGUCCCAGCCCAGAGCUGGAAGGAAGAGGAGAAAGGGAAGCUCUCUGCUCAGGGCAAACCAGCAGGGAGGCCCUUGGGCUCGACUGGUGUCCCCGCUCCACCCGGCAAGGCAGUGACCAACCGUGCCAGGCUGCACCCUGACUACAUGCCCCCGGAAGAGAUCCAGAGGCACAUGCAGAACAUCGAGAGCCAGCUGGACGCCCUGGAGCUCAGGGGCGUGGAGCUGGAGAAGCGUCUUCGCGCCGCUGAGGGGGAUGCCUCCGAGGACACCCUCAUGGUGGAGUGGUUCCAGCUCAUCCACGAGAAGCAGCUACUGCUGCGGCAGGAGUCGGAGCUGAUGCACAAGGCCAGGGACCAGCGCCUGGUGGAGCAGCAGUUGGACCUGGAGGGGGAGCUGCGUCAGCUGAUGGCCAAGCCCAAGGGUCUGAAGUCCCUCAAGGACCAGCAGCGCGAGGAGGAUCUGCUGCAGCGGUACAUCAGUACGGUGGAGGACCGGAGCCACAUCGUGGACUUCCUGGAGGAGGACCGCCUCAGAGAGCAAGAGGAGGACGAGAUGCUACAGAACAUGAUCCAGAGUCUGGACCUCCAGAAAAGCAGCGGGGACCAGAAGAAGAAGUCCAAGUUCAGCUUGUCCAGGGUCUGGUCCCUGAGGAGCAAAAGCAGGACCCCCGAGUGAGCCGUCUGGCUGGCUGCAGGACCUGUGCCCUUGGCUCGGGCAGGGUGGGCACCGUGGGAGUGGGAACAUGGGGGUGGGGACCUGCACCCCUCCCCAUGGGGUCUGAGCCACCACAAUAAAGAAAGUGACCACGUGA